UAAAUCAAGUUAGUUAAAGUAUCACAGUAGAGUUCAGAUUCUUUCAGGGGAAGCAAAGACCAAGCUGAAAACUAUGGCGGUCCCUCCAAGAGUGGUCCAUCAAAGACGAGCUACAAUCACAGCUCUGCCUCUCUAUUACUCUGGACAAUUGUUCAAGAAGCAAAGUGGAGAAAAGGAUUUUAAGAAGUUUUAUGGAGAACUGCGUGGAGCUGCAUUGUUCCUCUAUGAAGAUGUCAAACAAGAUACGUACACUGAAAGGCUGGAUCUUGACCAGCUCAAAUCUAUGGACUUAGAUGCUCCUUUUAAAAAAAUGGCACCGGCAAUCUUCACCCUCACCACAGGCACAAAAGAAGUCAAACUAAGGAUAGACAACGCAGACACAGGAGAAGAGUGGAGAGGAUACAUCCUCACGGUAGCAAAGAAGGAGAUCCCCAGCACGCUGCAGUUGAUGCCUGGUCAGUUGCUGCACUUGAAGGAAACUCUGGCUCAGGAGAAGAAAAGAACAGCUGGAUUGGGACCCAACCCACCUUUGCCCCCUCGACCUGCCUUCCUCUCUUCUUCAUCACUGCACACCAGUACCAGCUCAGAAACAGACAACAGCAGCCAUGGCAUGCCUUCGUGCUUCUUCAGUGUAUCCCGGCAGGAGGCAGAGCAGAUGCUGGAGACAAAUCCUGAAUAUGGGAACAUCAUCCUCCGACCCUCCAGCAGGACCAAUAGUUACGGCUUAACCAUGAGACAACUCACAAACAGUGGGCCAGUCAUGAAGAACUACAGAGUUACCUCAAUUCCAAAUUCUGGCUUCAUCAUUGAACUUGACUCACCGGUCAAAGUGCCAUCACUAAAUGCAGUGAUUAGUUAUGUUCUUGAGAAAACAGAGUACCGUCUUCAACCCUAUAGUCCCUCCGAACCUUACGAUACCACAAUUGAGAAGCCUAUAAUGCCUUCAUCCACUGCAACUUCAUCAACAUCAAAAAUCAAAACCAUACCAAAAGCUAAGGUGCAGCCCAUAGUCCAUAAGGAUGUGCCUGUGCAAAGUCCAGUCAAAUCAAUCGACAAUGAAUAUGUUAUUCCAGAAGAUGAAUGCAAAAAUAAGAAAAGUGAAAGAUUGUUUGAUGGGGAGCUCCAUAUAGUCCUACAGAAGAGGAGGGAGAUGAUCUACAGCAGAAAUGAUGAUCACAAUUAAGUUACUUACGAGACAAACCCUUGAGAUGGAAUUCUGACUGUUAAAAAAAUCACUCCAGCUAAUAUACUGUACUACUGAGGCGUUAACCUAGUGUGAGCACAUAUUCAUCUUUGAAUCUUAAUCAUAUCUGUGAAUGUUGUGUGUGUGGAUUUUUUGUUUGUUUGUUUGUCUUUUGCUUUUCAAAUCCAUUGUGUGUUUUGUGUGUUUAUUUCACUUGGGAGUAGUAAUCUACAUGAGGCUUGUUUUAAAGUGUACUAAGGGAUUUAAUAUAUUCAAUAUAUUCCUCAGCAAAUAAUAAAUUGCACUUUCAUUUUAAAAAUUACCCUCAGAUUUUGUACACCUACACCUAGUGGUUAAGAUGUAAAUUGCAGCUGCACUACUUAGUAUUUGGUGGAGUAUUUGAUAUUCGGUGAAAAAAACAUUUUCAUUAUAAAUGUAUUCAAGUAAAUGCAAAUACUUACAUGUCUUUUGUA